AUGGCAUCGCUGCUGCACAAUGCCCGCAUCCAGCUCACAGACACGCUGGAGCAGAUGCAGCAAGGGACGCUGAUGCGCAAAGUCAAGUCCAAGAGCUGGAAGAAGCAGCGUUACUUCAAGCUGCAGGAUGACUGCAUGACCAUCUGGUACCAAUCCAAGAGGACAGGCAAAAUUGAGUCUGCUUUCUCUAUCAGUGAUGUGGAAACAGUGCGAGAAGGGCAUCAGUCGGAGGUGCUGCAGAGCCUGGCCGAGGAGUUCCCUCCUGAGCGUUGCUUCACCAUUGUCUUCUAUGGCCGCCGGGGCAACCUGGACCUCAUUGCUGGCUCAGCAGAGGAGGCACAGUGCUGGGUCCAGGGCCUGCGCCAGCUCAUUGAGGUGGCCACCAGCAUGGACCAAAGGGAGAAGAUAGACCAAUGGAUUCGUGACUGGUUCCAAAAGGCUGACAAGAAUAAGGAUGGGCGCAUGAACUUCAAGGAGGUGCAGCGUCUCCUCAAGAUGAUGAAUGUGGACAUGAAUGAGGAUCAUGCCCUGCGGCUCUUCCAGGCUGCUGACAAGUCAGACUCAGGGACACUGGAAGGGGAGGAGUUCGUGCUCUUCUACAAGUCCCUGACGCAGCGUGAGGAGGUGCUGAGCCUCUUCCAGGACUUCUCUGAGGAUGGGAAGAAGCUGACACUGCUGGAGCUGGUGGAUUUCCUGCGGCAGGAGCAGCUGGAGAUCGAGGGCACUGAGGAACUUGCUAUGGAGCUCAUCGACAAGUAUGAGCCAUCAGAGACAGCCCGGGCUCGCCAUGUGCUGAGCGCCGAUGGGUUCCUCAUGUACCUCUGCUCCCCGGAGGGCUCCAUCUUCAACCCCCAGCACCGGGCGCUGUGGCAGGACAUGACCCAGCCGCUCUGCCACUACUUCAUCUCCUCCUCCCACAACACCUACCUGAUAGAGGACCAGAUCCGGGGCCAGAGCAGCAUCGAGGGCUACAUCAGGGCUCUGAAACGGGGCUGCCGCUGCCUGGAGGUUUUUGGCCACACCUUCACCUCCAAGAUCCCCUUCCGGGAGGUGGUGAGCACCCUGGGGAAGUACGCCUUCAAGAGCUCAGACUACCCGGUGAUCCUGUCCCUGGAGAACCACUGCAGCAUGGAGCAGCAGGAGGUCCUGGCCCAGCAGCUUAAGGCCAUUCUGGGGGAACAGCUCCUCACCACCACCACCGAUGGGCACGUCCCCACCCAGCUCCCGUCCCCAGAGGAGCUGAAACACAAGAUCCUACUGAAGGGGAAGAAGAUCGGGCGGCUGGAGGACAGGCUGGAUGGGCCAGGGGAUGAGGCACCUGAUGUGUCUGACGAUGACAACGGGGCAGAGGUGGAGGAGGAGAGACGGAGGGCAAAGAAGGACAAGGAGAGCCUGGCACAGGCGUUGUCCGACUGUGUCAUCUACUGCAAGAGCGUGUCCUUCCGGGGCUUCCAGGAGGCCCGCAGCCAUUCCCGGCCCUUCGAGAUCUCCUCCCUCGCCGAGUCCAAGGCCAGGAAGCUCAUCCGGGAUGCGGGGAAUGAAUUUGUCCACCACAACACCUGGCAGCUGACACGCAUCUACCCCAGCGGGAUGCGGACCGACUCCUCUAACUACAGCCCCCAGGAGAUGUGGAACGUGGGGUGCCAGAUCGUGGCCCUGAACUUCCAGACAGCCGGCAUAGAGAUGGACCUGUGUGAUGGGCUCUUCAGCCAGAACGGCCGCUGCGGCUACGUGCUCAAACCACCCUUCAUGAGGGACAAGGAGACACUCUUCAACCCCAAUGACCCUGGCAGCCGGGAAGGCCCUGGCCCCAUCACCCUGACAAUCCAGGUGAUCAGUGGGCAGCAGCUGCCCAAAGUGGCCAACAGCAAGGACGAAGCCAUCAUUGACCCACUGGUGCGCGUGGAGAUCCACGGGGUCCCUGCGGAUCAGGCGCACCAGGAGACCAAGUACAUUGAGAACAACGGGUUUAACCCCCGCUGGGAUGAGACGCUCCAGUUCCAGCUCCAUGUACCUGAGCUGGCCCUCAUCCGCUUUGUGGUGGAGGAUUACGACAAGACCUCCAGGAACGACUUCGUGGGACAGUUCACCUUAGCCUUUGCCAACAUCAAACCUGGCUACCGCCACAUCCACCUCCUCUCCAAGGAUGGCACCAGCAUUCCACCCUCUUCGCUCUUCGUCCACAUCCGCAUCACCGAGCCGCCCGGCCCCGAGCAGGACUGA